AUGUGGACGGCUGCAAACAGCUUCGAGGGGCGGCUGCAAGAGGUUCGAGGGGCGGCUGCAAGAGCUUCGAGGGGCGGCUGCAAGAGGUUCGAGGGGCGGCUGCAAGAGCUUCGAGGGGCGGUUGCAAGAGGUUCAAGGAGCGGCUUCAAAAGCUUCGAGGGGCGGCUGCAAGAGCUUCGAGAGGCGGCUGCAAGAGGUUCGAGGGGCGGCUGCAAGAGGUUCGAGGGGCGGUUGCAAGAGGUUCAAGGAGCGGCUUCAAAAGCUUCGAGGGGCGGCUGCAAGAGCUUCGAGGGGCGGCUGCAAGAGCUUCGAGGGGCGGUUGCAAGAGGUUCAAGGAGCGGCUUCAAAAGCUUCGAGGGGCGGCUGCAAGAGCUUCGAGAGGCGGCAGCAAGAGGUUCGAGGGGCGGCUGCAAGAGCUUCGAGGGGCGGCUGCAAGAGCUUCGAGAGGCGGCUGCAAGAGGUUCGAGGGGCGGCUGCAAGAGGUUCGACGGGCGGCUGCAAGAGCUUCGACGGGCGGCUGCAAGAGCUUCGAGGGGCGGCUGCAAGAGCUUCGAGGGGCGGUUGCAAGAGGUUCAAGGAGCGGCUUCAAAAGCUUCGAGGGGCGGCUGCAAGAGCUUCGAGAGGCGGCAGCAAGAGGUUCGAGGGGCGGCUGCAAGAGCUUCGAGGGGCGGCUGCAAGAGCUUCGAGAGGCGGCUGCAAGAGGUUCGAGGGGCGGCUGCAAGAGGUUCGAGGGGCGGCUGCAAGAGGUUCGACGGGCGGCUGCAAGAGCUUCGACGGGCGGCUGCAAGAGCUUCGAGGGGCGGCUGCAAGAGCUUCGAGGGGCGGUUGCAAGAGGUUCAAGGAGCGGCUUCAAAAGCUUCGAGGGGCAGCUGCAAGAGCUUCGAGAGGCGGCAGCAAGAGGUUCGAGGGGCGGCUGCAAGAGCUUCGAGGGGCGGCUGCAAGAGCUUCGAGAGGCGGCUGCAAGAGAAGUUUGUCGACAACAGCGCGUGUGGCUGCACUGGCGAUGGGAGUAGCGGUCGCCAUGGCAACCAUGACUGCAGCCUCCGCAAAAACGUACACUCCUCCACCAGAAAUUGGCUAUCCUGCUGGUUAUCUGCCUGACUGUCCUGGUGUGAUGAAGAACGCCUCCAUCAGCAGCGGUAUGAUGCCGUACCUACAGAUCGUACUCCACCGGUUCGACAGCAAAGGUCAGAUGAGCAGAACAUCGAUGCCGAUCAUGAGUGCUGCCAAAAUGGUCGCCAAGGACAAGAAUAUAGAUCUGAAAAACAAGAAGACAGUGCUGUACAUGGUGGGGUACAUAGACAGCUCUAUGUUACCACAGUCGCAGGCGGUGGCCAGCUCGUAUGCCAAGCGAGGAUACAAUGUCUUCAUCACGGAGACCUUCACAUUCCUCAGUUACAUAUAUCCGAAGUCGGUUCGUUUAACCCGAGUCAUCGGCAAGAAAAUAGGAGAGUUCUUGGUCAAUUUGAAUGAACAAGGCAUGCCUGCUGAACAGCUAGAGCUGGUGGGCUUGAGCUUAGGUGCCCACAUCGCUUCUUACGCUGCGAAACAUCUAUACGCCGUUACAGGGAAUAAGCCUUCAAGAAUAACUGGCUUAGACCCAGCAGGUCCUUGCUUCAGAUCACUACCUCCACAAUAUAAACUGAAUCCAUCAGACGCUGACAAUGUAGACGUAAUACACACCAACAUUGAUGGAUUUGGUAUAGCUGAACCGUUAGGACAUGUAGAUUUUUAUGUUAACGGUGGCGAGUUUCAACCGGGCGAUAUAGCUUACAUACCCUGCUUGGUAGUCUGCAGUCAUUUCAAAUCAGUAAUUUACUGGUGGCAAGCUUUGAAACAUCCCACCAAGUUUAUAGGUGUGAAAUGUGAUUCUGUACAAGAUGCGAGAAUAGCCGGUUGCUACAAUAACACUGAAACGAAUGUUGUAGGAAUGAAAACCAAUUUCAGUGAGCCUGGUAUAUUUUAUCUGUCUACGACAAAUGUGUUCCCUUAUUUUAGAGGGAAAGAAGGGUUGGUACCUGAGAACGAGAUUUACACUUCCGUCAUAAGAAAAAUUAAUGAUGGUGAUUUUGUUGUGUGAUGUUAAGUUUGGACUAGAAUUUGGUGAUGUGACUGUCGUUUUAGCAAAAUUUUUCAACCAUUCUCAUUAUGUAACCGUCAGAUGAAGUCAAAACAACAUUAUAAAAUUAGCAACGUAUAGAUUAUAGACUUUAAGUUUAAAUUGAUGUUAAUAUUAAGAGAUCAAGUGGUGUCAAUUCUGACACGAUUCUCUAAACCUAAACUUAAAUUUGACAACAGCGUAUCUUUGUCAUUCUCUAUACGGAAUGAAAAGGAGAGAUUGAUGGUAAAUUUAGUUUUAAGUUUAGAGAAUCACGCCAGAAUCGACACCACUGUAUACUUAAGUUUAUUUGUCCUGGUAAAUAUUUAUAAU